AUGAGUUCACAAUCAAAAUUCUUUGUUGUGAGAAUUAAAUGCUAUGAGUUAAUUUCUAAUUAAAACAAUGGUGAAAUAAACUCUAUGGUUGUAGUGAAAGAAUAUGCUGAUGAUAAAUGUAAGAACAAAAUCUAUUUUUAGGGAUUGAAAAGGGCAAAACAGAAAUUUAAUAAAAUUAACGAAAUCCAUAAUUUAGUACAGCCAUCCAAUUAAAUUAUCAAUUUGAAAUUUCUUAUAGAGUAUUGUUUUAAGUAUUCAACAAUUAAUAAGAAAAGAAACAUGUAGGUAUUUAAAAAUAUUUUAGUUAAUUGGAUAUACAGAAGUGAACAUAUAAACUCUAUUAGCUGCAAAAGAUUAAAUAUAUUAUACAGAUAUUUGUGAUAGAGGUAAGAAAGUGGGAAGAAUAGUAAUAAUCGGAGAAUAUUAGAAAUACAAAAAUGAUAUGGUUGAAUUAAUAUUAAGUAAUUCUAAUUAAUUAAAGUUAGCUGCUAAUUCAUUAUCAAAAUAAUGUUGUAUUUUUAAUGUUUCUCCUUCUCAACCUUAUAUAAAAAUUUCUAGAACUUUUCUAGAUACUAAUGAAUCAAAUUUAGUUUAUUAAUCUGACCCAAUUAAUUAUCCUUCGAGAAGAACUUGGUAAAAUAUAAUAAUUAAAAUUAGGCCUGAAAUUAAAAAGAAAGCUAGAGAUUUAUGUAAUAAUGAUAGUGAUACUGUUUUAAAAAUAGAAAUUUAUGAUAAAGGGAGAAAAUAAGACACUUACAUAGGAUCUGUAAAUUUAUCAGUAUCUUAAAUGGUAGAAAAGAAAGGUCUUAGAAAUCUAUAGCAUUAGGGUAAUCAAUCUAUAACAGGAUAAUUAUACGUUGAAUAAUGUUUAUUUAGAGAAAUUCCAACUUUUGAAUAAUAUUUAUAAGAAGGUUUGCAAUUGAAUUUAAUGAUUUCUAUUGAUUUUACUGAUUCUAAUUUAGAUCCAACGAAUCCUUAAAGUCUACAUUAUUUUGAUGUAUCUAACAAAAGACUUAGUUAAUAUGAAUUAGCCUUAAGGAAUGUCUCUGAAAUAUUGAUACAAUAUGACCAUGAUAAAAGAGUUCCUUUGUAUGGUUUUGGAUUUGAUUUGAAUGGUAAAGCUCAUCAUUGCCAUCCUUUGAAUCAUAAUUUGGAAGAUCCAGAGUAAGAUUUAAAAAUUAAUGUAGAGUUAUUAAUUUACUUGGAUUAUUUGAAACUUAUAGAAAUUUUGUUAGAACUGUCAAGUUUUCAGGACCUACAUUAUUUAGACCAACAUUAAGAGAAGCAAUGAAAGUAGCGAAAGGAUUUAAAGAUGCAGGAAGUGAAAAAUAUGUUGUAUUGGCAAUCUUAACAGAUGGAAUUAUUAGUGAUUUUGAUGGUACUUUUGAGUCUAUUGUUGAUUGUUGUGAUUUACCUAUUUCUAUCGUUAUUAUUGGAAUUGGUGAUGCAGAUUUUACAUUAAUGGAAAGAUUAAAUAAUGAUGAAUUAUUGGAAAUAGAUACAUAAGGAAGAUAAGCAACCAGAGAUUUAGUUAAAUUUGUUGUUUUUAAUAAUUACAAAACUGAAUAAAAAAAGUUUGCUUAAGAAGUGCUUUCUGAAUUGCCUGAUUAAGUUGUUAAUUAUAUGUCUACUAUUGGUAAAAUGCCUGGAAAUCAUGGAAAUCACGGGCAGAAGUAAUAAAUAUUAUUAGCAUAAAACUAACAAUAUGAUUAAUACUAUUAACCUAAAGGUAUCUAAAGAUAAAAUACUUUAAAUCGUUUAUUAGGAGAAGCUGUUGAAGAAUAUUAACCAGAUGAAAGAACCCUCAUCACUGUAAAAUAACCAAUUUAAUAACCAUAACCAUAACCAUUCUUAUUUUAAUAAUUAGACUAAGGUCAAGGACAAUAAAUCUAUGAUUAACAUUAUUACACUCAAAUUUAUAAUAAUGUUAAAAAUCCAUUAUAAACUGAAUAAGAACAACAGAAUAAUGUUAAUUAAAUAAUAAUUAACCCUAAUUAAAACUAAUUUUCCUAGAAUAAGUAUCCACCUGUCACAUAUUUAGAUGGAUUAUUAUCUAAUUAAAGUAAUAAUUUUAAUUAUUUUAGACCAUCAUACAUAAAUAUAACCUAUUUAAUCAGUAUCUCAUAUAAUUGAAAAUUCAGAAUAAAAUUUAAAUCAAGAUCAACAUUAUCGUCUAAUUUAAAAUAAUUAUCAAUUUUAGUAAGACUUUUAAAGAGAUGAAGAGAGGGCAUAAUAAAAUGAGAAUUAAAACAAAGAGAAUUGA